AGAAGGCAUCUGCUCUGUCCUGCUCUGCUGCUGUUCCCGCAGCUUGUUGCUACCAGAGCAACUGCUUGUGGAGCUACACUUUGAACUCUGCUUUGGCAAUUCUAGUGAUGUCGUUUUUACCUUUAAGCUGGACCUCAGUUCCAUGACCUGUUUCUCAGCAUGGCCAUGUGAAAAGUUGCACUAACACCACAGCUAGUACUGUUUCAGGUCGUCAGGUGUUGUGAAUAUAGCUUGUCAGGUGGCAGAAAUCUUAGGCUGAAUGUAAGUAUUUGGUUUAAGUUUUAAAAUGGCAAUAUAUGUUAACAGUUUAAAUGUUUACUCAUUAUAAUGAGUACUGCAUGCUACUGAGCUGGAAUUUAUGAAGUCAUUUUAGGAAUGUGGAUGUAAGGGUUUGAUUUGGAUGUCUGAGGGAUGGACAGGGGAAGGAUUUUUACCAGUUAUCACUUUCUUGAGUAGUUUUUUCUCAGGAUGGUCAAAUGACUAAAAACAUGUAGUGUGAACUCUACCUCAAGGCUCUAGUGAUUCGAGACCAGUUUCAGUGUGAGAGAAUGUAGAACAUCUCUUGCUCUUUUCAGAAACAUUGUGUUGAAAUAAAAAAAACGAAAACAUUUCAGGCUAAAUACAACACUUGCUCAUGAAGGUGUAAUAUGUGUCUGAGCCACAGGUGCUCUCAGGGUGCAAAAAUUAAACUGAUUUGGGAAAAUAGUUCAAGUAAUACAUACGCAUUUGGAAUCCCUAAGGUUGAGGGCAACAAGUGCAAAGGUCCAAAUUUCCAGUGAGACACACACAUACAGAUUAUGAUAUUUGUAAAUUCAGAGUCUUAUUUGACAGAAAAUACAUGACUUGAAUACAUGAGCAUACAUAUGUUGUAGGGUUCAUUAAAAAUAGUAAAACAAGAUUUUUAAUACAAAGAACCAUAUCUUUAGUCAGUCCUUUCUUAAAUUUAGCAAUUCUCAUUUUGAUCAAGUAGGGGCUGUAUCCUCAGCAUUCCUCAGACAAAGUGGUCCCUUGGCAUCUGGAAGACUACCAAUUACAACUUAAAGAAACUUUAAGCAAAGGUCACUAACUGAACAUGGAAGUCUCUGACAGUGUUAGGAGAAGAGAAAGAAAUUGUGCGAGAGGGGCUUCCUUUUCUCUAAUGAGUGAAGUGAGAAUUACACCUGUCCCUAAGUUUUAUGAUUGGCGUCGUGAUAGAGAAAAGAGAGAUGACCACGAUGAUGUGUGCAGCGUGAGGAGUGAAGGUGGCAGCAUCCGAGGAUUCUCCAGAGGCAGAGGAAAAGGGAGAGGCAGAGGAAGAGGGAGAGGCAGAGGAAACCCUAGCAUGAACUUUGAGUAUUCAGUUGGUUAUCAAGAGCUGUAUGGUGAAGAAAUUGACCAAGUAUUUCAGCCUGAGCUUAGCAGUGGUGUGAUGUAUUACUAUGGUGAUGGAACAGGAGUGCAGAUGUAUUCUGUGGAUGAAGCACUUCUCAAGGAAUAUAUAAAACACCAAAUUGAGUAUUAUUUCAGCACAGAAAAUUUGGAAAGAGACUUCUUUCUGAGGAGAAAGAUGGACCAACAAGGAUUUCUGCCUGUUUCAUUGAUUGCCAGCUUCCGUCGGAUGCAAGCUCUGACUACAAAUGCUGCACUCAUUUUGGAGGCCCUAAAGGACAGCACAGAAGUUGAAACUGUGGAUCAGAGACUAAGAAAAAGGGUUGAUCCAGAAAAGUGGCCAAUUCCAGGUCCUCCUUCAUGCAGCCUGCCUCCAACUGACUUUUCUCAGCUCAUCAAUUGUCCAGAAUUCAUACCGGGACAAAUUUUUGGCUCACAUACUGAGUCUGCACCGAGUUCUCCAAGAAUGGGAAGCCCACUGAGUCCAAAGGAAAACACUGAAACAAGUAAUUUUCCGACAAUGUCUAAAGGACUGUCUACAAGUUUGCCUGAUUUGGACUCGGAACCUUGGAUAGAAGUGAAGAAGAGGCAUCGGGCAUCCACAGUCAAACUAAAGGAAACUGUUCCUAUACCUGAUCAAACAGCAGAUCAACACAAACUACCCUCACCUCCAGAAGAACAAGAACAAGAAGAACUUGAGUUUUUGUUUGAUGAAGAGAUGGAACAAAUUCAGGGUCAGAAGAAUAAAUUUACCGAUUGGUCAGAUAGCGAUUCUGAUUAUGAAAUUGAUGAUCAGGACGUAAACAAGAUUUUGAUUGUAACACAGACACCACCAUAUGUGAAAAAACAUCCUUGUGGAGACCAUACUGGAAACCACGUGUGCCGUGCAAAAAUUACAUCAGAACUUGCUAAAGUCAUUAAUGACGGCUUGUACUAUUAUGAACAGGAUUUGUGGAUGGAUCAGAGUGAAAAUGAUGCCAUGAUGAAGCAAGAGAUUGAGAACUUUAAGAAGCUAAACCUCAUUAGUAAGGAAGAAUUUGUUAUUCUUGCACCAGAAAUGGCUGGUCCAACCCAAGAAGUUCCUCCUGGACCUCCAGGAUUACAGAAAGCAAAAGAACUGACUUGUAACAUCCUAAGUUUUGAAGUACCUCCAAGAGCAGGAAUAGCUCGAUCAUUGCCAACAGCAGUUCCAGAUUCCCACCAUUUUCACCCUGGCUUGAUCCCGCGAACACCUCGCACCCCAAGGCUACAGGAUCCCAAAAAAACACCCAGGUUCUACCCUGUUGUUAAAGAAGCACGAUCCUUUGAUAUAAAGACUCCUAGAAAAAGAAAAACACGCCACAGUACAAAUCCUCCCUUAGAAUGCCACGUUGGUUGGGUGAUGGAUUCCAAGGACCACAGGCCUAGAACUUCCUCUCUGAGCAGUUCCAAUGCCUCACCUUCAGAAGGAGCUCCACUAGCAGGUUACGGCUGUACCCCAAAUUCUCUUCCAAAAUUUCAGCACCCUUCUCAUGAACUGUUAAAGGAAAAUGGCUUUACUCAACAGGUGUACCACAAAUACCGGCGAAGGUGCUUAAUGGAGAGGAAACGGUUGGGAAUUGGCCAGUCCCAAGAAAUGAACACACUUUUUCGUUUCUGGUCCUUUUUUUUGAGAGAUCACUUCAACAAGAAAAUGUAUGAAGAAUUCAAACAACUUGCUCUAGAGGAUGCAAAAGAACACUGCAGGUACGGCUUGGAAUGCUUGUUUAGAUUUUACAGCUAUGGCCUGGAAAAAAAAUUCAGACAAGAAAUAUUUGAGGAUUUCCAAGAAGAAACAAAGAAGGACUAUGAAGCUGGUCAGCUGUAUGGACUGGAAAAAUUUUGGGCUUACCUAAAAUACUCUCAGUACAAGACUCCAACCGUUGACCCUAAACUGCAAGAAUACCUGACGAAAUUUAAGAGACUGGAGGACUUCAGGGUGGAGCCUCCUAUUAGUGAAGAAUCUGGCAGAAAGAGACCAGUUGCUACAACAGGUGAGGAUUCAGGUCAUCGCAGACAUCAGGCUAAUUCUUCUAAAAUACUUCCUGCCACUAAACCCACCACUCCCUGUCAGUCCCAGGCACUGGGAAGCAUUACCAGUGGGAAUACUGUGCGAGCAUCCACGAGCUAUAGCAAUGCUGCCACGAAAUCCGUAGAAAGUGAUAUACCAGAAAAAUAGACUUUGGAUAAGCCCAUGCUCUUGAGAAUCAACCUUGACAUCACUCUCUUAAUUUGGAGAUCUUCAAGACGAGCCAAUCUACUACAUGAUUAAAAACAUAUGGAAUGACAAAGAAUUGGAUUCUCUUUUUCACAGGAUGUAGUUCCAAAACACUUACCCUAGGAGCGCUGCUCUUGGUUAUGGGAUCAUUGGAAGGAUCCUAGGGGAAGAUUCUUUGGCUUCAGUAUUGCUUUUCUCAAGCUUUUGUUUACAAAGAACUGCAUUCCUUGCAUAUGCAAAAAAUACUUUGGGGGAUGCCUUACAUUUCAGCUCAGAUUUCUUAAAAAAGGUAACAACCAUGUUAUUUACUGUGCUUUCCUUACUCAGAUUUCCCCAUCAUUUGUAUUUUACCAAAGCAAAAAAGAUUACAUUAUAUGUAGAAUAUUAAAUGGAAAGGAGGGCAUCUCUGUGAUUGGUUUACUCUUGAACCUAACUAUCAAAAAGGAUGUUUUUGUGCAAAAGCACUCGAGAACACGCAGCUAUAUAUGAAACUGCAUUUCUGGAUUCUGUUUAAAGAUAUAGUUUCUGUUUUUUUCAGGGUCUCCAUAGUUGGCCUUUUAUUAAUUAUGGAGUUUGAGUGGACAUAACUGGGAUAGUUUUGCAGAUAUUUCCUUCAGUACUAGUUCUUUAAUAACUCAAGGAACAAAAAACUACAGGAGAAAAUUGAGCUUUUGAUUUCAUAGUGUCUUAAAUUAACAUUCACCUACAUUUUGUGCAGGUUGUUAAAAUAGCAAACUAUUCAGAUUAUUCUGGGCUUGAGAGGUGUCUUCAUUUGAAUUCUCUUAUGAACUCCAAUAGGAGAGGCAUAAUUUUUAAAUUUUUUUUCUCCAUAUUUCAAGUAAUAAUUAGUUUGGAGGGAAACAAAGUAUUUCUUGUAAAUUUUAUUUGCUUUAUUUUGCAAUAUCUGAAUUAAGUUCUGCUUAAAUUGUGCUAGGUAAACCUAAAUGAUUUCAAACAGGUCUAAAGACAAUUCACUGAAUAUAAGUUACUCAUACAAAUCCAUUUUUAUAGCUGAAAGAUGGGGAUGUUUACAUGUCUUACUAACUUCAUUGCUUUGUUUUUAAAGACUCAGAAAGAACGAAGUGGAUAACUUACCUCUUCCAGGGGUAGGUGAGAGGAAUUCCAGCUUUUGGUUAGUUAACUGCAGAAAUCACUCCAGUUAACUUUAAAGUUAAAAAGUUGUGUCUAGCACAGAUGCCUUAAUCUGACUGCACAGCUAUGUACGGGGUUUUAUUAUAACAAGACUGUUAAUUUUUUGGUCUUUGUCUUGUGAAUCUCACUGAAACAAGUGACGGAUGUUUGCAUUGAAAGGAAUGGGUACUGGUAGCAGUGACCUUCCUACAGUUUCUACAUUUCAAUACAAAAUCCAGCCUUUUGUCAGUGGCCUGUUUCUAAAUAAAUUUAAAUAAACACAUACCAAGAUUAUAAGUAAAUAUCCUAUAAAUAUGCUGAAGUGACACAUCUCAAUCCUAUGUUUGAUCCAUGCCUUUUGCUAUCCAUGAAAAUGAUGCAAAUGUAAA